CCCCCCGAGCAGCGAGCGGGCGCAUGAUGGCGGCGGCGGCGGGGAGCGCCAGCGGCGGCAGCAGCGGCGGCGGCGGCGGCGGCAGCAGCAGCAGCGACACGUCCAGCACCGGCGAGGAGGAGAGGAUGCGGCGCCUCUUCCAGACGUGCGACGGCGACGGCGACGGAUACAUUAGCAGAAAUGACUUGUUGAUGGUCUGUCGCCAGCUGAAUAUGGAAGAAUCUGUAGCUGAGAUCAUGAACCAACUGGGCGCAGAUGAAAACGGAAAGAUUUCCUUUCAGGAUUUUACAAGGCGCCGCAUGCAGCUCGUCAGAGAAAUUAGGAAGGAGGAAGUAGGCCUUUCUGAGAAGUCAGACAACUGCUGUAAAAAGAAGAAGCUGAGGGACAGAAUUGCCUCCUGGCCCACAAGCAGCGACAACAGUCUGGGUGCCUUAUCAGCAGCCAGAGAGAGCUGGGAAUACGACUCGGGUGCCAGGGACCUCCAGAGCCCGGACUUACAGGGUCAGUCAGCUCUACAGAAGCUUCUGGACUGUGGCGGGAGCUCUCUGCACCAGCACGCUGAUGCUCUCCACAAGCUGCUCACACAGUCCCCACAUUCUGGCAACUCUGUAGGAGGAAGCUAUCUAGAGCUGGCCAACACGCUCCACUUGGCAGCCCUGGCAUCGCUCAGAGGAGACAUAGUAGAGCUUAAUCAACGUCUGCAGCAAACGGAGCGGGAACGGGACCUCCUGGAAAAGAAACUGGCCAAGGCACAGUGUGAGCAGUCCCACCUCAUGAGAGAACAUGAGGACGUCCAGGAGCGAACGACACUUCGGUACGAGGAACGCAUCACAGAACUCCACAGCAUCAUUGCGGAGCUCAACAAGAAGAUAGACCGACUGCAGGGCACCACCAUCAGGGAGGAAGAUGAAUACUCAGAACUGCGAUCAGAACUCAGCCAGAGCCAACAUGAGGUCAACGAGGACUCUCGCAGUGUAGACCAAGACCAGACCUCUGUCUCCAUCCCCGAAAACCAGUCCACCAUGGUCACUGCGGACAUGGAUAACUGCAGUGACCUGAACUCGGAACUGCAGAGGGUGCUGACCGGGCUGGAGAACGUCGUCUGCUGCCGGAAGAAGAGCAGCUGCAGCCUCUCUGUGGCCGAGGUGGACAGGCACAUCGAGCAGCUCACCACAGCCAGCGAGCACUGUGACCUGGCUAUUAAGACAGUGGAAGAAAUUGAGGGGGUCCUUGGCCGGGACCUGUAUCCCAACCUGGCAGAAGAGCGGUCUCGAUGGGAGAAGGAGCUGGCCGGGCUGAGGGAAGAGAACGAGAGCCUGACUGCCAUGCUAUGCAGCAAAGAGGAGGAGCUGAACAGGACCAAGGCCACCAUGAACGCCAUCCGGGAGGAGCGGGACCGCCUGCGGAGGAGGGUUCGGGAGCUUCAAACUCGACUACAGAGCGUGCAGGCCACCGGCCCCUCCAGCCCUGGCCGCCUCACUUCCGCCAACCGCCCGGUGAACCCCAGCACCGGGGAGCUGAGCACGAGCAGCAGCAGCAAUGACAUUCCCAUCGCCAAGAUUGCUGAGAGGGUGAAGCUAUCAAAGACCAGGUCUGAAUCUUCAUCGUCCGAUCGGCCGGUCCUGGGCUCAGAAAUCAGCAGCAUAGGGGUAUCCAGCAGUGUGGCAGAGCACCUGGCCCACUCUCUUCAGGACUGCUCCAACAUCCAAGAGAUCUUCCAAACACUCUACUCCCAUGGAUCUGCCAUCUCGGAGAGCAAAAUUAGAGAGUUUGAGGUGGAAACGGAGCGGCUGAAUAGCCGUAUUGAACACCUCAAAUCCCAAAAUGACCUUCUGACCAUCACCCUGGAAGAAUGCAAAAGCAAUGCAGAGAGGAUGAGCAUGCUGGUGGGAAAAUACGAAUCCAAUGCCACGGCGCUGAGGCUGGCCCUGCAGUACAGUGAGCAGUGCAUUGAAGCCUACGAACUCCUCCUGGCGCUGGCCGACAGCGAGCAGAGCCUCAUCCUGGGGCAGUUCCGGGCGGCCGGUGUGGGGUCGUCCCCUGGAGACCAGUCAGGGGACGAAAACAUCACUCAGAUGCUCAAGCGAGCCCACGACUGCCGGAAGACGGCCGAGAAUGCCGCCAAGGCCCUGCUCAUGAAGCUGGACGGCAGCUGCGGGGGCGCCUUUGCCGUGGCCGGCUGCAGCGUGCAGCCCUGGGAGAGCCUCUCCUCCAACAGCCACACCAGCACCACCAGCUCCACGGCCAGCAGCUGUGACACAGAGUUCACUAAAGAAGAUGAGCAGAGGCUGAAGGAUUACAUCCAGCAGCUCAAGAAUGACAGGGCCGCGGUUAAGCUGACCAUGCUGGAGCUGGAAAGCAUCCACAUCGAUCCUCUCAGCUACGACGUCAAGCCCCGGGGAGACAGCCAGCGGCUGGAUCUGGAAAACGCGGUGCUGAUGCAGGAGCUGAUGGCCAUGAAGGAGGAGAUGGCCGAGCUCAAGGCCCAGCUCUACCUCCUGGAGAAAGAGAAGAAGGCCCUGGAGCUGAAGCUGAGCACGCGGGAGGCCCAGGAGCAGGCCUACCUGGUGCACAUCGAGCACCUGAAGUCCGAGGUGGAGGAGCAGAAGGAGCAGCGCACGCGGUCCCUCAGCUCCACCAGCAGCGGCGGCAAGGACAAGUCCGGCAAGGAGUGUCCUGACGCUACCUCCCCGGCGCUGUCUCUGGCUGAACUACGGACGACGUGCAGCGACAGCGAGCUGGCUGCCGAGUUCGCUAACGCCAUCCGACGAGAAAAGAAGUUAAAGGCCAGAGUUCAAGAGCUGGUGAGUGCCUUGGAAAGACUCACCAAGAGCAGUGAAAUCCGACACCAGCAAUCAGCAGAGUUCGUCAAUGACCUAAAGCGCGCCAACAGCAACCUGGUGGCUGCCUACGAGAAAGCCAAGAAGAAGCAUCAAAACAAACUAAAGAAGUUGGAGUCUCAGAUGAUGGCUAUGGUGGAGAGACACGAGACCCAAGUGAGGAUGCUCAAGCAAAGAAUCGCUCUCCUGGAGGAGGAGAACUCAAGGCCACACACCAAUGAAACGUCACUGUAAUCGGCACUCAGGCUCCAAGGUUCUGCCCGUGGAAGCGUAACUCUAGCAGGGCACUGAGGUCAGAGGACCUGUUGGGAGAAUGAGAAGAGGGAAGGUUGGCAGGUAGGUCAGCACUUGGACAACUGAGUGCCCUGGACUCAGCUCCGGGGUGAGGGGCCCUAGGGACACCACGUGGACUGUCUCUAGCGGACCCUGCUCCUCCCGUCCCGGCGGUGGACAGCGUGGGAACGGCCACGUGCGCCGGGCUCCGCGGGCCUCGCUUCUGCUCUCAGCACUGGCUGUCACUCUCCCCCCUCUUCUGUUCUGGAGGUGGUGCUGCGGUGGGAUAAUCCACAGCAGAUGUUUUCUUAAAGAUUUCUCAUUCCUUUUCCCUCUUUUUGGUGGGCAGCAACCUUCUCACUGGCAUCCCCAGCUUCUCUUUCCUGACCUGGGGUGGGGGCGGUGGUCAAGGCUCAGCAUCGAGCAGAACUGCCCAUUUGUUUAGUGGAACCAGGCUUUGGUUUUUCAGGUCUCACGUGUCAACUCAAGAUACAGGCUGUCACUCAGGGCUGUUAGCUAUAGCCCCAGAAACGCUGAAGCUACAGGCAGAGCAGUGGGGCCUGAACAGCUCUGGACAGGAGAAUGGAAGUUCCUCACCUCUCCUCAUGGAGGCAGGGCUGGGAAGGGAGCUCUCUUCUGACUGGGAUUUCCUCCUCCCCUGGUGGAGCUUUUUAAGAGCCAAGGCUUGGCACAGGGAGAAUCCUGUUGAUACCUGUAAGGGACCUAGACUGUCGUCUGGUGGUUCUUCCAGAGCAGAGGUGCAUUAGCCCUCUCCUGCACCCCAGGGCACUACACAGCCACUGUGCUACAUGGAUCAGAGCUCGUCCACGUGAGCUGUGGACCUGCUUCUGUCUGUCUAAGGGCAAGAGGCAGGAGCUGACUAGAUCAUGUUUUGCAGGCUGAACCCACCUAUUUAAAAGAUUGCUCCUGCAGCACCAGUUUGCGACUUCACUCCUGCUGUUACAAAGGGCAGGGGUCGAAGGAAUGGUCAUUGAGGCCUCCUUUUUUUAUCCCCCCGAGACAUGGGGACGGUUGGCAGAUGGUGCUUAAACAGGUGACAUCUCAAGCAGUGCUGACAGGACUGGGCAGGACCGAAGUACCUGAAUUCUUUCAGGAAGGUCUUCCACCUUAAGUUCAUUAUUCCUUUUUUAAUCUUUCCUGUUUCACUUUUCACUUUGUUCUUCCCUUCUUACGUCAUUGCUCUACCUUGACAGAUAGAUUUCAAAGGACUACUUACCAUUCAUUCUGUAGCACCUGAAGACCACCCGAAGUCCUCUAGGAGAAACGGGGCCCAGUGUCACAUCUCGGCUUAUGAUCAGGUCCCUACUUUCACGUCCCCGUGUCCGUGAGGUAAAGAUCUGUCCUCAGCCUUCUACCCGAGGCAGGAAGGGCACUCUAGCCCCGACCUUAGAAGGCAGAGCAGUUCUAUCCGCAAAGCAACCACCCUUUUUGCUCCGGCCAGCAGGGAGGCUGCCCCCAUCUUCUCCCCCUCCCCCAAAACUCAACUGGUAUCAGUGUGAAAGGGCCGGCUUUCGCGUGCUUUGAUCACUGUCAAAGUACCCACUGGCUUGUCUGUUAUAAAUCUACUGGACUUUAUCCCAAGAGUAAAAAUAGACUUAAUAUUUUGGCUGAAAAGUGUGUGCAAAAAAAAAGGUUUAACAGAUGAGAUCAGUUUUCCCAGGGAAAACGUCCUCCCCGAGCAAACCAGGCUGUGCAGAGUAGGGAUCCGUUCAUGGCCUUCUCUUGUGUGGCUGAACAGGCAUCAAAACAAUCGGACAGUUUUCAUUUUCACCCCCACUGAAAAGCAUAGCUGGCGCAGGAGUAAAAUCUUGUCUGCUGACCUCUGUCUACUCCUCUUCCUCUUGCUGCAAGUGAAAACAAGCCGCUCUCCUAGCGUCAUGGAACUUCUCCAGACCUGGGAGGGCUCGGCUCCUCCAUUAGGACCCUAGUAUUACUGAUCCUGCUUGGCCUCAUUUUGAGUUUAUACUUCAACAUAAUACUUUUUCAGAUAGGUGGUGGUUGGGUGAAAACUAUUUCCCAGGCAAAACUGUUACUUUCAUAAAUGUGUAGAAUAAAAGCUAUUCAAUACAGUUCAUUUCCUUUCAUUGUAUUUUUCACAUAUUCCCUAACUGUCCUUGCUGAAGGGGAACCAACAGGCACUUGGUUAUUAUGCUAACCGCGGGGCUUACUAAAACCACGUCGGUUAAAUAAAUGAUUGCAGGUGCCUGGAUCAUUUUCCUUUUUCCUAACCUGAAUGUUCUUUCUAAAUAGGAGCUGGUUAUAUUAACAUCUUGCAUCAGAGGUAAACAGUGAUCCUGAUUAUAACUCGUACAAGGUUAACUGUUUCAAUCGUUCCCCCAGGUGGCUACCCCUUUUAGGCAGUUACCUUCACCGUUCAGAGUUCAAUCUUUGGCUUCUAGAGAAAUGAGCAUGAGAACCCAUUUCACAGUUCCCUUGGAGUAUAAUCUCCCACUAUGGAACUGAGGCAAAAAUCUCAACAUAAGAGAGACUUCUGUCUGUAGCUGGAGUGCCAUCAACACGUGGGCCCACCAACUGGAUGUGAUGUUCUGCCCAAUCUCAUGAGCAGAGCACCAGCUACCAAACUGCCACGGACGUGUAGGCGGUAAGAUUCCCAGUAAGAUUCCCCCUUGAAAGUAACACUGGAAGUUAUUUAUGAAGAAGUAUCUUAUGUGAUCAGACAGCGAGGAUUUAUCGUGCCCUCCCGACCUCACGCGUGCGCUAGAUGUAUCCUGGUUGCCAAUGCAGGUACUCACCUGUUUCAUGUUCACGUUGGCACUUCGGGAUCCUGAAGUUAAUAUCCACGUUGCCUGAAACUGGAAUGUUAGGAUAAUAAAAAAGUAAGUGCCAGUUAAACAUAAUUGCUUAAUUCUCCUUUGAGAUGAUGCAUAGACUUCUUACCAAGUCUUCCUCUGCGCCUACAGCGAUACUUCACAGGGACCUUAGACAACCGGACGUGCUCCUACUCCAGGGAGGCAGUCCCAACUAGAGCCAGUAAGGCUUUCUUUAAGGAUGAGAACAGUAAAAUCUGAAAUUACUGCAAAGUUUGUUGCUCCCAGCCGUAUACAAAUUACAUUAUUUUAAAUGAAAAAAUGCUUCAGUUUACCCAUCUGGGCCAGACUGCCUAUGUCACUGGCAUGAAUUGUUCCCUAUCCUGCAGUUAUUUUUUAAAUUCUAUCAAGUAUUUUAACUCAAAGCUUUAAACUAUUUGCUAAUGCAGAGCUGGGAGUAUAUCCCAUCCAUCAAACUAUAUAAAGUGAAAAGAUCGUGCUAAGUUUACAGCUACACGUAUUUCUAGAUGCAACUAAUAGCUUUAAUUAGUUUUUAGAGAUCAAAGGGGGGAGAAUUCUGAUGAAAUUUCUGAACUGAAUUUAAUUAGGGUACAUCACAUAGGAUUGUAAAGGUUGUGUUUUCUUUUUAGGGGGGUGGGAAGGAGCAUCAGUAACUUUUUUUUUCGUGUAACUUUUUUUUUCCUGUAUUGACAGUUUUGUAAAAACACUAAAAAUUAUGAAAAAAUCACAGCAAUUAUUUUCCUAUUUCUCCAAUGAAAUGGCCUAUUUGACGAGAAAUGAUACUACCUUUCAGUGAGGCUUGCUGGGCACUACUUUGUAGACGCAUCACUAGCUACCAAACACAAAUUAUGCCUUUGCUGCACACACUGACUGAUAAGCUGGGCUGAAGUUAGCUCUGAACCUGUCUCGUUCUGAAGUUACUGUCUAACUACAUCUGAGUUCACUAAUAGAUGUACGUAUACCUUAGGCUGCCAAGCACCGAGUUUUUAGAACUGCCUCCAGAAUUAUCAGUGAGUAUAAUGCUGGCUUUAGCCUCCAUAGCAUCGCUGAGCCUUCAGUGGCUGUUAAAAUACUAAAGUGGAAAAGGGUACAAGUUGAAUAGCAGCUGUUCACGCAUUCCUGUUUUGCUAAUUCUUGUGCAGAGAAAGACAGUCUCACGUACAGACAACUGUUACAUUGUUGGUGAAGGGUUAGAUUGUCUAGAUAUGGCAUCUGAGUGUGAUUCUGCUGGAGUCAAGGCAGCUACAGAAUCACUCAUCAUCUCAAGUGUCAGCUCAGCAGGACAGAGCAAGCUGGAGACAAAAUUCCCUGACACUAAUGACCUGCUUAGUUAUUCUGGCUCUAGAGUUCACCUUUGCACUUUUUUGCAAAUCUAAUCCAUGUGGAAAAGGUUCUGUUUGUAGAACGCAUAGUAUUCACUUAUAGUGCUCCCAUCAGGACGGCCAAGCAAGUGGGUGCCCCUGAUAAUCUGCUUCUCUUUGAACCCAGUGCAAAUAGGGUGAAACAUGUUCACUUCUUUUCUAUUCCUAAUAAGUUUUUAGAUAUAUUGUCAAGACUUAAUUUACUUUGCAUGAGACUUUAGUUUCCUAUUUGAAAAUGUGCCAUUUUUAAGCCACCUGAAUGUACUGUCAGUUAUUGAAGCACAUGUGACUAAGUUGGCAUUUGUCAGUAUUGUUCUACUGUCUGUAUUAAAAUCUCAUUUUUAAGUUGCCACUUAACACUGUACUAUACCUUGUAAUUUGUUUUUAGAUUCUUCACUUAUAUGCAUUCAGUAUUUCCAGAUGCCUUUAGUUUUAGCUGCUGUAAAAUAGCUUGGUGUUAUUUGAUAUAGAAUUGUUAAAAAAAAAAA